UUAAUUUAUAUUUCUUCUGGUCCCUUUAUAUGGCUAAAGUUUACUCUGUUGCCGGCGAAUGUAAAUUUUGGAACUCCGGCAACUACAUUCUCUAACGUUCCUUAUAAUUUUAAAAUUUGUUUGAAGUUUUUGUUUUGUUUUCCCUCUUUUGUUAAAUGGCUGAAGCUGAAGAAAAUAGAGAAAAAAGAUGUCUUUCAAGAGAUCCGUUGCAUAAAUUUAUCAACGGAAACAACAACUUACAAGGGAAAUUCCAUGAAAUUCCGAAUGAAGAGGAUGAUUUGGAGUUGAGUUUGGGACUUUCAUUGAACGGACGAUUCGGUGUGGACCCAGAAAGGGCUAAGCGACUGAAACGCUCUUCUUCAAUUGCAAAUUUUGUGUUCUCCGGCGGGGAUCAAAGUAAUGGCCGUUGUUCAUUCUCUGUUGGUUCUAUUGCGAGGACGUGUUCGUUACCGGUUGAAGGUGAGGAGGAGUGCAGAAAAAGGAAGGAGCUGCAGUCCCUGAGGCGUUUGGAGGCUAAAAGGAAGAGGAUGGAGAAAUUACAGAAUGUUAGAGUGGUGAAGGAUAAGGUGGAUUUGGACGAGCGUCCUGAAGAAAAUGGUUACAGUAAUAAUGGUCAGGUUCCAGUUGGAAAUAAUGGGAAUUCAUUGCCUUUGUCACAGGGGUCGAUGGCUUCUCAGGGAAGUGGUUCUUCAGGAAUUUCUGAUUUUGGGAGUCAACCCAUACAGGGGUCAGGUGACAAUACUGGGGCAAAUACUCCGACUAGCAUCAAGCCGUCAGAGCAAGAGCAUGAACGGAAACAAGUAGCUAGACCACCUAAAACCACAAGUGAAAAAUCACCGAGCACAUGUAAUGGAAGUGAUAGCAAGGAAGCAAAAGAAAUGUUCAAAAACUAUAUGCUUAACAUGCCUUGUGUUUCCACUACGGGCGAUGGGCCAAAUGGUAAGAAGAUUGAAGGAUUUCUGUAUAGAUACCAGAAGGGAGAGGAAGUGAAAAUAAUGUGUGUUUGUCACGGUAACUUUCUCUCCCCAGCUGAGUUUGUGAAGCACGCUGGUGGCGGUGAUGUUGCAAAUCCUUUGAAGCGUAUCGUCGUCAAUCCUUCUCCUCUGUUGAGAUGAUGCCAGCGGAUAUCUAUAAUGGUGCAUUAAACAAAAAAGGGCAAAAGCUUCAAGCAUUCAGCUUUGCUAUCAUCGUUCAGCUUCUUUUGUAACAUGAACCAAGGUUCUUUUAUUUUUCGGUAGAUUGUAGUUUUUUGCGGGAUAUUGCAUAAUCAAUGGGCAAGUUUAUCCCCUUUCUGAGGGGAAAAAAGAUUAAGAACUCCCAUUGGCAUUUAUCUUUUAGUUAUUCGUUAUUUUGGAAGUCCGUAUUAAUUGUACGUACACUAAGGACUGUCCAGUGCAGUUGGUUCUGCUCUCAUUCGGAGGAAUCAUAAACAGUGGAGUCUAACAAGCUUGCUCGGCUUCUGUUCUA